AUGAGCCACACUCUGAAGACCUUCAAAAGAGUACUUGAAACACGACUUCGGGCGAUCAUAGAGUUGCCAUCCAAUCAGUGUGGAUUUGUAAAGGGUGCCGGUGCUGCUGAUGCCAUCCAUACUGUACGGGUAGUGACGGAGAAGUAUAGAGAACGAAGAGAGUUUCAUGCGGCUUUUCUUAAUAUGGAGAAGGCUUCUGACAAGGUCCUCUAUGAUGUCAUAUGGUGGGCACUGCGAAAACAGAUGGUUCCAGAAGUAUACAUCCAAUGGAUAAAAAUGAUCUAUCACGGAACCACGAGCCAUGUGCAAACCGCGGACUGUCAAAACCAUUCCGCAUAA